AUGGGUUUAACACUAAAUAUUUUUACGUUAAAUUGCUGGGGAAUACCAAUUGUCUCUAAAAAUCGAAAAGAAAGAAUUCAAGCUCUAGCAAAAUAUCUAAUAAAUAGUUCCCAUACAAUUGUUUGCCUUCAGGAAAUUUGGAGUGAAAAAGAUUAUUUGUUUUUAAAAGACAGUCUUAAAGAUAUCUUGCCAUAUACUCAUUAUUUCUAUAGUGGUGUUGUUGGUUCAGGACUGUGUGUAUUUUCAAAGUGGUUAAUACAGGAUGUAUUUUUCCAUAAGUGGCCUUUAAAUGGAUACAUCCAUAAGAUCCACCAUGGUGACUGGUUUGGAGGGAAGGGAGUUGGUUUAUGUCGAAUUAGAUAUGAAGAUAAGCUUAUAAAUGUGUACUGCACACAUCUGCAUGCAGAAUAUCAUGAGGAUGAUAUGUACUUAGCGCAUAGAGUACUACAAGCUUACUCAACUGCAGAAUUUGUAAAUCUUACUUCAUCACCUGCUGAUGUCUCCAUUCUAGCAGGUGAUUUAAAUGCAGCUCCAGGAGAUUUAUCAUUUAGGCUUAUUACUCAAUUACCUGCAUUAUUAGAUCCAUUUGUAAUGAAAUGUGAAGGAAGUAAUCCAGCUUUUGCUAAACCAUCAGGCACUAGUCAUAAUGCUAACAACAGUUAUUCUGAUUCUAGAACAGUAAAAAAUUGUCCCGAGGGAAAGAGAAUUGAUCAUAUACUUUUUAAAGUGAACCCAGAAUGGGAGGCCGAUAUUAUUAAUUUUGGAAACCCGUUAGAAGACAGAGUCCCAGGAGAAGAUUUCUCAUACUCAGACCACAAUGCUGUAUCACUGGAAUUACGUAUCAGAGCAAGUCGUGAAAAGAAAUAUAAUCAAAGAGAACAAAGCGCGGAUGAUCCUUUUGAUGAGACCAUUGCUCAAGCAAUUAAAGUUUGUCAAGAUGCUACUGUCAUCAUAGCAAAGUCAAAACGCACGUUCCUCACCUCGGGUGGAUUAAUGUUUAUGUUCCUAUUAGGCACAGUAGGGUUUUGGCCAAAUAAUAUUCUGUCUGAUAUCAUAAAACUAAUACUUACUGGUUUUUGUUUCUUCCAUCUAAUAAUGGGAACACUAUGGAAUAACAUUGAGAUGAAUAGUUUAAAAGCUGGUUUAAGCGCCCUUGAAAACUUUUGCAAAACUAGAAGUGUAUUAAAACAUUGA